AAACAAAGGGCAGGCGGCCCGCGGGGCGGCGGCGGGAGGAUGCCUCGCGCCCUGCGGAGGCGCCAACGGCCGCAGCGCGUCCCGGGCCGCGCCGGCGCCGCCUGAGAGCCGAGCCCGCGCUGACCGGGGCCCGGGCCGGAUGGGCGCUGCGGGCCGGGGCGCGGACCGCCGAGCGGCCGUUGUGACGCUUUUCUCUCGUCCCAACUGUGUGGACAGUGCCACACGCCCUCCGAACGACGACGGCCCUUGCGUGCAUCUUCCGCUGUUUUUCCUGUCAGAGGGCCCAGCAGAGCCGCCGGCCGUCCAGUGCCAGCCCUGAGCUGAGCGAGGAGCGCCCAGCCGAGAUGGUGAAGAUGACAAAAUCCAAAACGUUCCAAGCUUAUUUGCCAAACUGUCACCGAACCUACAGCUGUGUCCACUGCAGAGCCCACCUGGCCAACCACGAUGAGCUGAUCUCCAAGUCUUUUCAGGGAAGUCAGGGACGAGCCUACCUCUUCAAUUCUGUGGUCAACGUGGGCUGUGGCCCGGCGGAGGAGAGGGUCCUUCUCACUGGGCUGCACGCUGUCGCAGACAUCUACUGUGAAAACUGCAAAACCACGCUCGGGUGGAAAUAUGAACAUGCCUUUGAAAGCAGUCAGAAAUAUAAGGAAGGAAAAUUUAUUAUUGAGCUUGCCCACAUGAUCAAAGACAAUGGUUGGGAGUAAAGUGAAAACUUCGUUCUCUUCUGAAUACUAGUUUGUGGAAGAGACUGUAAGUGUAACGGAGACAUAGGAGCACCCUGGAUGGCCGUAUUUCUUGAACUUGAACCUUGCGGCUGGCGGGCCUUUCCCGGCUGUUCCGGUGGUAAGGUGUCCCUCCAGCCUCUGUCCUGUUCACGUACAUGGCUAUUUCUGAAAUGUUUCAGUGACCUUUUUCCCAACUUCUCAAGUUCUAGAGACAGAAUUAACCAAUUGAUGACUUACCUGUCUAGUUAAUACCUUCUUUUAAGCUAUGCCUUUA